AUGGCGAUCCUGGAGUUGCCGGAGAUUGUGGAAACGACGACGUUGAAUACCCACCACAGCCACGCCGCGAGUACUGUUCGGCGGAGAUCUAGUGCGGUGGCUGUACUGGAGUCAGAUUCAAACUCUUUAGAGGCGGUGUAUGAUAGUGACAGUGAUGUUAAUAACAAUAAUGAGAUGGGAAAUCUGUGUGGAGGAGUGGUGGAAUCGGCGCGGGAAGAGCCGAGUGAAUCGGGUACUGAAGGUUUGAGAAAUGGCGAGGAGGAGAAGGAGCAGUUUCGUACUGGAGAGAGUAAUCAAGGAAUGGAGGUGUCGGCGGCGGCGAAAUUCGCGCACCGUCCGUCUGCACCGGCUCACCGGAGAAUCAAAGAGAGUCCUCUCAGCUCGGACGCAAUCUUCAAACAGAGUCAUGCAGGCCUCUUCAACCUCUGUAUAGUGGUGCUUGUUGCUGUAAAUAGCAGACUUAUUAUUGAAAAUUUGAUGAAGUAUGGCUGGCUGAUCAAUUCAGGCUUUUGGUUUAGUUCAACAUCACUGAAGGAUUGGCCACUUCUAAUGUGCUGCCUGAGUCUCCCAAUUUUCCCGCUUGCUUCAUUUCUUGUUGAGAAGUUGGUGCUACUCAAGUAUAUAUCUGAAUGUGUUGCAGUCCUUCUUCACAUUAUAAUAACAACAGCUGCUAUCUCGUAUCCGGUUUUGGUUAUUCUUAGGUGUGAUUCUGCUGUUCUGUCUGGUGUCGCAUUAAUGCUCUUUGCUUGCAUUGUGUGGUUGAAGUUGGUAUCUUAUGCCCAUGCAAGUCACGAUAUGAGGGCACUAACCAAAUCACUUGAUAAGGGUGAAACAUUGUCUGGUUAUUGGAACUCUGACGAUGUUAGCUUUAAGAGUUUGGCAUACUUCAUGGUCGCUCCCACAUUGUGUUACCAGCCAAGCUAUCCCCGUACAUCGUGCGUUCGGAAGGGCUGGGUGGUACGUCAACUCAUUAAGUUAGUCAUAUUUACAGGAUUCAUGGGAUUUAUUGUAGAACAGUACAUAAACCCAAUUGUGCAAAAUUCUCAACAUCCUUUGAAAGGAAACCUUUUGUAUGCCAUAGAAAGAGUUUUGAAGCUUUCAGUUCCAAAUUUAUAUGUGUGGCUCUGCAUGUUUUAUUGUUUUUUCCAUCUUUGUUUUACAUUAAUCAACAGUUGUACUCAGUCCUUAGAUUUCAGCCUAAAAGAUCCUUUGGCCACUUUGCCUCUUAUUAGACUUCUAUUUGGAGGUGCUGUUUUGAUUGCGUUCCUUGUAUCUGCUAUUUUUCAUGAGUUGUGUAUUGCCGUCCCUUGUCACAUAUUCAAGUUUUGGGCAUUCAUUGGCAUUAUGUUUCAGGUUCCUCUUGUCAUCAUAACUAAUUACUUGCAAGACAAGUUUCAAAAUUCGAUGGUGGGCAACAUGAUAUUUUGGUGCUUUUUCAGCAUACUAGCAACUGGGUUGCUAUUCGCCCAUAUGUUUCCAUGCUGGUUUUCGCGCAGCUUCCUCAUCUGCCCUGGCGAAGAUGAGACAUGA